UAUUAAGAAAUCAGAGUUUGUUUUUUGUCACCUCUCUUUACACCUUGGUGGGAGCCAGGGUGUCACAGUCUGACAAUAAGUCGGGUGACAGCCUGAUCCUCAGCUCCUCUCCAUUGAAGUCCCUCCGUCCGUUGCGCCUAAAAUAGAAUGUUUUGUGACGAUGCAUGGGAAAGUCUCUGUACGCAGGGGUAGGUCGCUACCAGGACCGCAGCAAGGUUUUAAAAGCUUUCUGAACUCGUAAAGCUCGAGUCAUAUUGUGAAUUCCGGAUCGUUUUCAGGUGAGUUAUUCGCCCACCCGACUCCGAGCAUAGAGCGUGGGAAUCGCGGGGUGUUUUGUGAGUAGGUAUUACAAACAAGGUUGUUUAUCAUUGCCCAUGCUCACCCAUCGUUCAGCUCGAUUGUUGGGAAGUCAUCGUUCAUUGGUGGUUAGUGUUUUACGAGUCAGCAGCUACGGUUACAUCAUGGCAGUCUAGUCCAGGUGCUACAUCCAGAGAGAAAUGACAUUUGCUGUGGUCGAGGAGAGAUUUGAACCUGAAGCCCACGAUCCGCACUCUUGAUGAUAAACACUUUACCGCUGAGCCAUCGGAGCCCCUGGAUUAUUAUGGGGGUUGUCUUCGUGAUCAUCUGGACCUCAAUGUCGGACAUGUUACCCAGGGCUCUGUCAGAAUGCAACAGUUGAGCUGACUGCCCAGACUGCCCACCCAGGGUCUGCAACUCUAGCCUUCCUCGCGGGCUGCUGUCGCGACGUGCUGACGUCAGACGGGUGGCAGGGUACCCGCCAUCAUGUCGUCCUCCAGCGAGAACCACCUCUCCAAGCCAGACCACAAUGCUGGCGCCGCCGGCGGCAAGAGGUCUCGGGGUCACGUGCGCUGCGCGUGCAGCAGUUGCUGCCCGCGGCGCCAGGCCAGCAGCGACGACGACGAAGUCGACGAUAAAGUCGACAAGAAAGUUGACAACGGUCCCGGGGAUAAAGACGGGGGCUCAGAGAGGCCGUAUCUAGCACUCGGAGCGAAGACCACCUCCACUACGUCCGACGUGGACAAGGACAACACACUCCGGUCCGGAAUCACAGGGCUGUCGCAGUUGUCGGACCUGCCUCACUACCACUUGGGUUCCGACAUGGCCAACAUCCCGGAUGCUGAGCAGGAGGAGGAGGAGGAUAGCAAGCCCAGCAGGAAGACCUGUCUUUGCUGCUGCAGCUGCCGUUGCUGUCCCAGGAAGAGGAGGAACAGCGGGUUGUCGCCAAGUUCUGUUGGGGAGAAGGGGAGAGCACACCGCUGCACGACCUGCUGCAAGAAGGUCACGGCGUUUCUCUUCUCGCACGUGGGUCUGAGCCUCGUCAUCGUGGCCUAUGCCGUCCUGGGAGCCUUCAUCUUCAUGAGCCUGGAGGCUCCGUACGAGAAGAAUGAAAGAUUCAGAAUGGCGGAGGUGAGACGAACGAGUGUGGAGCUGCUGUGGAACAUCACCUUUGCCAUGAACAUUUUCUACAAGCCCAACUGGACGGCGGAGGCGGAGGCCGUUUUCCUCGACUUCCAGCACAAGAUGUACACAGCCGUCAAGUGGGAGGGUUGGGAUGGACAGGACGUUACCAUGGAAACCAAGUGGUCCUUCUUCGGUUCGUUGCUGUAUUCCAUCACUGUCAUCACUACUAUAGGUUACGGACACAUCACCCCGAAGACACCCUAUGGACGCCUGGCGACCAUCGGCUACGCUCUUGUGGGGAUUCCCCUGACCUUACUGUGGCUGGCCAACCUUGGCACGCUGUUCGGAGACUGCUUCCGGUUCCUGUACAAGCACCUGUGCUAUGGCCUCAUGUGGCUGUGCUGUCCGUCUCAGCUCAGUGGCUCUCGUUCCCGCUUUCGUCACAGAGCCAAACACCAGUCCUUGGUGCCAGCCGCGCGGCCUGGACAGGGUCCAGAACCAGGCCUGGCUGGCGGAACCGGAAGCUUGACGGAUGGAAGUAACCUACGAUGCGCAGAGGAAGGGGAAGUGACGUACGUCAGCAGUGACCUGGCUGAGGAGGGGGAAGCGCCGUCGUUUCCGGCGAAGAAGGUGCGAGUGCCCAUGCUGGUCAGCCUGCUGGUCAUCACCCUCUAUCUCCUCCUCGGCGCUGUCCUCUUCUCCAUGUGGGAGAAGGACUGGGACUACCUCAUCGGGGCCUACUUCUGCUUUAUCACCCUAUCCACCAUCGGUUUCGGGGAUUUCGUGCCGGGGUUCGGGACCGUCUGGAGCAAGGAGAAAGCCAUUUUCAACGCCUGUUACUUGAUCUUCGGCUUGGCUCUCAUCGCCAUGUGCUUCAACCUCAUGCAGGAGGAGGUCAGGGCGAAGUGCUCGUGGCUUGCCCGCAAGCUCCGGCUGAUCGACAGGUCGUGCGUGACGGCCAUGAACAAUAGCUACUCCCGUGUCGGACAGACCGCUGGUAAAGCGGGGGUAGCUGCUGUUGUCGUUGCCGUAGCCGCCGAGCCCCCGUGUGGAACAGUCGCGCUGCAAGGCAAACGAUCGCCACACAAGAAGUCUCGAGACCCCUCGCCGAUGUCUGACGGGCGGAACGUGUACCCUCGGGAAUUCCUGUCGGUCCAGAUGGAGGCCGACAGCUUCACCAAAGCCGACAGCUGUCGCUCCACGCCAACCGUCACCCUAGUGAGGGGGAGUGGAAGCGGAGGUGCUGAUGGACAUUGUGGUGGCAGUGUCAGCAGCGUCAGUGGGAUAGGCGGUGCCGGAGGAGGACUAGGGGAGGGCAGCGGGUGCGCAGGUGACAGCAGCAGCAGUCUGGGCAGCAGCAGCGUGAUGGUGACUUUGAUCCGCAACACUAGUGGCUCCAACGUCGGCGUCGUUGCAAACACUAGCAACAGCAACAGCUCCCUCAACCACAGUGGUCCCACCAGCAACGGUCCGCAGAUGAGAAGUGGGGUUCCUGGUGGAGGUGAAAGAGGAGGAGUAGGGGCGCGUGGUGCAGUCGUCGUUGGCAACGGGCCUGGACAAUCGUUUGCGGCCUCAGGUAAGGCGGUUUCCACGAGCGCUGUCACGCGGCAGAUGCCUCCUGCGCAUCCAGAGAACUCCCACCUGCUGGAGGAGCUCCCAGAACAUGAAAACGGAGAUGACGACUCUUCCGCGGUGCCUUCUGGUCCUCGCAGACCAGUGUUUGUGUCUCCCUGUGAUGUUACUGACGGCCUCGUGUCACUGGACCUGGACUUAGGUGUGUCCGUGGAUGACCUUUCACCUCCAGCUUCGCCCAAAAUGAGGCGGAGGGACCGCAGCCGCUCGCCCGUGCGGGGUCGGUCACGCGCACGUCACGAUUCAUCAAGCCCGUGCGGACGAGCGCGAGCCAGCGUCGGCGAGGUGGACAUCUACCACGAUGAAGACGAUGAUGAUACGCUGGACGCAUCCUCCACAGCGUCGUCGACAGACCUGGUCAAAGUGGCCAACGCCUUGCGCCGCGAACGACCGGCAACAUCGUCAACAUCGCCAGCAGAGUCCCUGACCACUACCAUCACCUCCGAGGACACCACCCCGACCGACCCACACCUCCAUCACGACAACGGCAGCUCCUCCAUGGUGACCUUCCGGCCCACCAACGCCCCCGCUCACAUCUCGGCCUGCGCACUGAUCCCCACCACCUCUCGCCCACCAUCCCGCUGCCAGAGCCGCGCCAGAUCCACGUCACCUGUCCUCCGCACCUUCUACCAGCAAGGCUACGAUGUCCUGGGAGCAGCCUCCAAGACGACAGGAGGGGAUGCCGCGGAGGCAGAGGAAGAAAAGGAUGCAGGAUCCGCAGCGACUGGGGCCGAGCAAAGGGCAAGGUCUGCUUUCUCGAAGCCUCGCCCUAACUCCUCUCUUGGGCAGCGCGUGCCCCAGCAACAGCAGCAGCAACAGCAGCCACAGCAUGUUCACCCAAAGAGACCGUCGCAGGUCAACGAAAACAGACCACCUUUGAGAUGCGUGAGCCCCAUGCCCAAGGCCGCGAGGAGUGCCACCCCGGCUAUGAUGGACUCUCCCAUCUCACUCUCCUCCAGGACAUCCGGGGAGUUCCAGAGACCGCCUCCUAUCCUCCCGAAACCGAAAAACCGCCCGCCGCGGGGUGCGAGCUCCAAGCCCUCGUGACAACGUCCUCAACCUCAAAGUCUACACUCGUCAACAUGGCGGUGUCCAACGUGAGACUUGGAUAUUUGACAAGGAACUUGUGGAUUAACUCGGUACGACUGUUUGAAUUCCGAUCCAAGGAAAGAAUCACAGAAACUUUUCCUAAUUCACAGGAAAACAAAUUACAUUUGUGGUAACAUUUGUAUUUAUGAAGUGGCUCAGUCAGCUUCAGUAAUAUUGUUAAAGUGACACUACUGUAAAAUACUCUCCUCCCAGAGGACUACGACUACAGACAUUUUGGAGCCUUAGGAUGAUGAUGAUGAGGUUUUGACACAGAGUUCACAGCUGGUGUGGAGAAUACAGCUGUACUGUAGACAAAAGUGACGAUUUGUAGACAAAAUCGAAGGACAUGUGCCGGUAUUUGUGAAGAUGAAUAUAUUUGUGUCAAGAUGUUUUCAUCUUUGCCCAAUUUGGUCAGCAAGCGGUCGUCGCUGCUGGAGUGAAAAAUUGUGUAUAGUCCCUCGUUUUCUUUUCUGGAAACUGUUCCAGCGAAAUAUGGACACAAGAUUGUCUCGAAGACAGGUAGAAGUUACACCUGUCUGGUUUACAAAGAAGUUUGUUUAGGCAUGCAUUUAAGAAUUGUUUUAUUAUAGCAGUAAUAACAGUUUUUUUUAACUGUAGCUUAGCCUGUGGUAGACGCAGAUAAACUCUAGAAUGUCAUGGCAGCAGUAAGAGUAGGAUGUUACCUAUUCAGCCAUGUAGACCUCUUGAGAUGUAGACAUGUAGUCCAUGGUGUCAGCCACCGCAAAGACUGGAUGUCCGGCUAAGACAGACCAUCUGUGAGUGAAUGUGUGGAUGGAAGUGUUGGCUGGAGGCAGAUGGCGGCUAGGGAGUACCUCCCACACUUGAAGCCGCUAGCCGCUGCCACAGUCACAGUGGAAGUGACUACCACUCAGCUCUCCUCUCGUGCCGCUGCCUCUCCCCCCAACCGCGGGUCAAUCUGGUCGACCUGACCCCGAGCCCAGACGUCCUGAAUAACAAAGGCUUACAAAGGAUUGCACGUGCGGCGCCAACGUCUGUUCAAUGGUUACCAGGCGAUGGAGCAGAUUUCCAUUUUAUCUGAUAGGGCAAACAUCAGGGGCCAGCGCACCUCGGACUUUGCUGUCUGGGAAACUCGCGGCUUCGUCUCGUUUUGUCUCAUCUUUUCUCGUCUCGUCAUGUGAUUGUUACACAACGUCAGCGUUGGUCCUGUCAGCCACAGGCGCCACCUAGCAGAUGUGACCUGAGCUGUUUCUGUUGGCCUGGCGCAUGUCUUUACAGGUCCCCGAGUGAGUGACGGACGGACGGAGUGAGGUGGGAUGGAAGGAGAGAGGGAGGAAUAGGAAAGAGCACGCG